AUGUUGUGUGUAAUCACAGGUUAUCCCACAUGGAGAGUAUUUUCAUGGACAUCAAAAUAUAAAUCCAGCCAAUUCAAUGAGGCCUGCAUGAACAUUGUGAUGCAGAGGGUAAGUUUAUCCAGAUGCACAUCUGUAUCUAUAUUAGCUGGGACACUACUUCUAGGCAUGAGUUUUUCUUACUAGAUUUGGUGGGAUUGGGGCAAUGAUCAUAUACUCCCCUAUCUCACACUAUGCUCCUGAUUUUGUAUAGUGGACAAGAUAAACUGUCUUUAACAUAGGAAUGGUAAAUCAUUAUUAAAUGCAACUUAUAUACUACACACUGCCCAGACCCUAAAUUUCCUCCCUCAUUGCCUUUGGUACAGGAACCCCAGAUAUGGAAUAGGUUGCCCAGAGUCUUCUCUAUUGUGGAGUGUUUGUUUUUUUGGUAA